UUGCCGCGGCAGCUAGCCUAGCUAGUGACGUUCUUGCUGGUCAAUGGUGCGGAUGAUGGCGGGCAAGGUAGGAAGCAACGGCAGCAUCGGCCGGGAGUCCGGCAAGAAGCCGGCGCUCCUUCUGGGGCGAUACGAGGUGGGGAAGCUGCUGGGGCAGGGCAACUUCGCCAAGGUGUACCACGCGCGCAACGUGCGCACGGGCGAGGAGGUGGCGAUCAAGGUGAUGGAGAAGGAGAAGAUCUUCAAGUCCGGGCUGACGGCGCACAUCAAGCGCGAGAUCGCCGUGCUCCGGCGGGUGCGCCACCCGCACAUCGUGCAGCUCUACGAGGUCAUGGCCACCAAGUUGCGCAUCUACUUCGUCAUGGAGUACGUGCGCGGCGGCGAGCUGUUCGCGCGCGUCGCGGAGGGCCGCCUCCGGGAGGACGACGCGCGGCGCUACUUCCAGCAGCUGGUGUCCUCCGUCGCCUUCUGCCACGCGCGCGGGGUGUACCACCGGGACAUCAAGCCCGAGAACCUCCUCGUCGACGACGCCGGCGACCUCAAGGUCUCCGACUUCGGGCUCUCCGCCGUUGCCGACCAGAUGCGCCACGACGGGCUGUUCCACACCUUCUGCGGCACGCCGGCGUACGUCGCGCCGGAGGUGCUCUCCCGCCGCGGGUACGACGCCGCCAAGGCUGAUCUCUGGUCCUGCGGCGUCGUGCUUUACGUCCUCAUGGCCGGAUACCUCCCAUUCCAGGACCGCAACCUCGUCGGCAUGUACCGCAAGAUCCACAAGGGCGAGUUCCGCUGCCCGAAGUGGUUCUCGCCCGAGCUCAAGCACCUCCUCCGCCGCGUCCUCGACACAAACCCGCAGCGCCGCGCCACCGCCGACGAGAUCAUGGACAACGAGUGGUUCAAGAUCGGCUUCCGCCGCUUCUCCUUCCGCAUCGAAUCCGACCGCUCCUUCACCUGCUUCGAGCUGGACGACGACGCCGACAGCGUCGACGCGUCCACCUCGCCGCCCGAGCCCGAGACGCCACGGACAGACGCGGGGAGCGACGCCGCCAUGCGAUCGAUAAGAAAGGCGGGCGGGCUGACGUCGUGCGGGUCGGCGCCGUCGCUGAUCCAGCUGGAGGCGCGCAACGGGCUCGGCAGGAGCAGCCGGCGGCGGUCGAGCCUGAACGCGUUCGACAUCAUCUCGUUCUCGAGGGGGUUCGACCUGUCGGGCCUGUUCGAGGACGGCGAGGCCGCAGGUAGCGGCGGCGGCCCGGAGCAGCAGCAGAACCACCCGGCGGCGGCGCGGUUCGUGUCGGCGGCUCCGGUGGAGCAAAUCCUGGCGGCGCUGGAGGGGGCCGCGUCGGCGGUCGGCCUGGUGGUGCGCGAGCUGGACGACGGGUCGGUCAGCAUGGAAGGGACGCGGGAGGGCGAGCACGGCGCGCUGGUGGUUGCCGCGGAGAUCUACGAGCUCACGCCGGAGCUGGUGGUCGUGGAGGUGCGGCGCAAGUCCGGCGGCGCCGCCGAGUACGAGGAGUUCUUCCGGGCGCAGCUCAAGCCCGGCCUGCGCGACCUCGUCUGCGACGAGCCGACGCUGCUCCAAUCCGACGAGCGGUCUCGGAGCCUCUGAGCUGUGAUCGUGGCCGCCGCAGCGCGAUUCAUGAGUGCACGCCCGCAUCCACGCAUGCCCGUGCUGCGCGCACGUUCAUCGUACGUGGCUUAGUGCCGCGUACUAUACUUGAUAAAUACUUGCCACGUAUACAACUACAGAAUUGUACGUACACGUACGAGUGAAAGGGGGUCUAUACGUAUAUACGGUGAUACGCCAGGACACAUUUUUUGCAGUGUUGUGGUCUUGUGGAUGGUUUUUGGGAGCAUCCAUACAUGACAGCACUGUUGUACGUAUUCAAAGGGGGGAAAUGUCAGAAGAAAGAAAUGUAAAUUUUGUGUGCUAUCUGUGAAUAGGGCUUGUGUUUGUGAGGAUUGGAGUUUGAUGAUUGUACUCGCAGAAGAAAG